AAACUGGUCCAGUUGACUUGUGCUUUCGCCUUCGAGUACGAAAUACCUGAGGAAAAUCCUAGCCCACGGGGAGAGCUGGUCUUCCAUCACCACAGAGCCCCUCUCGUCAACCACGUACAUGCACUUUCAUUUGAUUUCCGCUUCAAUUUCCAAGAUCAAACUUCAAUCUGGUUGAUGUAUCAAGUAUCGAUAUCGGUGCGCAGUGGUUGCCAAGGCCGUAAAGUGAUACGUCAUUGAGAUAAAUAAAGUAUAUCGUAUUCACGUGGGGAGGCAACAGGAGAAGCUUAAUCGCCACUUGAUCACAUACGAGAUUGAGGCCCAGAUAACCCAGGAUCAAAUUAAACGUCUUUGGACAAUUAAGCGAAGCAUGAAGACAAUUGUGAUGAUCGUGUCGAUAGCGAUACAAGCCUUCUGUUACGAUCCAAUGGACAAAUCCCUGAAGGACAUACUUUUACCAGCGGGUAAAUUCGAAGCAUUUUACCACAAAUCACCGCAAUCCGAUGAAGAAAAUGCCGCAAGACCGCCUCAUCUUCACGGCUCCUUUCAUGCUCAUCGGAAUCCAGCUCUCGUGGGAGCACCAAACAGCGCUGCCUAUGGCUUCCGUUUCGAUGGUAAACGACGUUUCAAUUACGAAUGAAAUGAAAGUCUCUGUACAAACUGUUCUUUAAUUGUCUACAAUUAACUGUCACUAAUAAAUGCACUGCUGUAUGAUUCUCCCGCAUAUAGAA